AUGGCUGAGAAGCUCACGAAGACAAACUUCACCCCAUGGAAAGCGCAAGUGAAGUCUGCCGUGUGCGGCACCAUGCUUGAAGACUACCUCACCGGAGCAAGCAAGGCUCCUGAUGCAGAGAUCAUCAUCAAGGGAGCCGACGACAAGGAAGAGAAGAAGCCGAACUCGGCCUAUGCGCUGUGGCGAGCUCAGGACCAGCAGGUUCUAAGUUAUUUGCUGUCAAAUAUAUCACCUAGCGUUCUGACUCAGGUUAACGCAAGUGAAACAGCAGCCGAGGCUUGGAGAAUCAUCGAGGGUGUGUUCUCAUCUCAGUCCCAAGCGAGGGCUGUGAAUGUGCGCAUGGCUCUCUCCAGCACAAAGAAGGGCAGCAUGACUGCCACGGAGUACUGCAACAAGAUGAAGAAUUACGGCGACGACAUGGCGGCCGCAGGACGGCGGCUCAAGGACGACGAACUCGUCGAGUAUAUCCUCGCUGGACUUGAUGAGGAUUUCUCUCCGCUGGUCUCGUCAUUGAUCACCAAGACGGAACCGGUUUCUCUUGAGGAACUUUUCUCACAGCUCCUUGCAUUUGAGACACAUCUGGAGCUGUUGUAUGGCAGGCGCCAUAAUCAUGGCGGCUCAGCAAACUACUCCGGGCGUGGUCAUGGCGGAUCACGCGGCGGGUGCUCGUCCUCUCAUGGACGUGGACGGGGACAGCAAGAGGUGAUGGCAGCUUUGGUCAGCAUCAACCGCCACGCCAAUUCAGCAAUGGUGUGCUUCAAGCCAAAUCACACCACUGCUGAAUGUUGGCAUCGCUUCGAGGAAGACUUCGUCCCCGACAAAAGACUUGUUGCUGCUGCUAAUCGUGCACCAGUAGAUUCUACCUGGUACACCGACACUGGAGCAUCCAAGCACAUCACCGGAGAACUUGAGAAGCUACACAUCCAUGACAAGUACUGCAGCACGGAUCAGAUCCACACCGCAAGCGGUUCAGCCGAUCCAUCAUCGCCAAGAACUAGGUUACAACAUGGCAUCCGGCGUCCCAAAGUCUACACUGACGGAACUGUUAGGUAUGGCCUCCUUGCUAGUACUGGUGAAACCAACAGUCUUGAUGAAGCCUUAGCAAAUGAUGAUUGGAAGCAAGCUAUGCAAUUAGAACAUGAUGCUCUUAUGAAGAAUAAAACAUGGCAUUUAGUUCCUCAUCAAAAAGGCAUGAAUAUAAUAGGAUGCAAAUGGGUAUACAAAGUUAAGAGGAAAGCUGAUGGUAGUCUGGAUAGAUAUAAAGCAAGGCUAGUUGCUAAGGGAUUUAAACAGCAAUAUGGCAUUGAUUAUGAGGAUACUUUCAGUCCUGCUGAUACUUCUUUAUUCUUUUAUAACAAAGGUGACGUCACUAUGUUUGUUCUAGUUUAUGUGGAUGACAUCAUUGUAGCUAGCUCUACAGAAAAGGCCACGACAGCCCUGUUACAAGAUCUAAAAGCAGAAUUUGCACUUAAAGAUCUAGGGGAGCUUCACUAUUUUCUGGGCAUUGAGGUGAAUAAGAUACGGGAUGGAAUUAUUCUAACUCAAGAGAAAUAUGCUACAGACUUACUUAAGAGAGUUAAUAUGGCCGAAUGUAAACCUGUUACUACACCUAUGGCAUCAAGUGAGAAAUUGUCCUUAUAUGAAGGUACUCCUCUCGGUCCAAGAGAUGCAACUAACUAUAGAAGUGUUGUAGGAGCAUUGCAAUACCUUACUCUUACUAGACCUGAUAUUGCAUUUGCUGUUAACAAAGUCUGCCAAUUCUUACACUCACCAACUACUGUGCAUUGGGAAGCAGUAAAGAGGAUUUUGAGAUAUAUAAAGUAUUGUACACGGCUGGGACUAAGAAUACAUAGGUCACAAUCUACCUUGGUGAGUGCCUUUUCUGAUGCAGACUGGGCUGGUAAUAUAGAUGACACGCGAUCUACAGGUGGUUUUGCUGUCUUUCUAGGAUCAAACUUAGUAUCCUGGAGUUCAAGGAAACAACCCACUGUAUCAAGGUCUAGUACUGAGUCUGAAUACAAAGCAAUUGCCAAUGCUACUGCUGAAGUGAUGUGGAUCCAGAUUUUACUAUAUGAACUCAAGAUUAAUUGCCCAAGAGCAGCUAAACUAUGGUGUGAUAAUAUUGGUGCAAAGUACUUGUCAGCAAACCCAGUUUUUCAUGCUAGGACUAAACACAUAGAAGUGGAUUAUCAUUUUGUCAGAGAACGAGUAACUAGAAGACUUCUGGAUAUUGAUUUUAUAUCUUCAGGUGAUCAAGUUGCAGACGGUUUCACCAAGCCAUUGUCAGUUCGGUCUCUGGAACAAUUCAAGUUCAAUCUCAACCUAUCUCGGCUGUGAUUGAGGGAGGAUGUUAGAUGAAAGAGUU